CCGUGGCUGCCAACGCCGCGGCCGCUGCCGCCGGCGCGCUCGGGUGAGCUCGGCGCACUCCUUCCGCGGCCGCCGAGCCGAGCGGACGCCCUUCGGGGCCGUGCCACAGACCUCCGCGUUCCCACCUAUCAUGCCCGGAUCUUGGGCCCAGGCCUCCCAAGCAGCCAGGACACCAUGCCCGAGGGAGGCGGUGGCGACGUUGGGGAGGUGCCCGCGCUCAUCACGGACGGCGAGCCGCUGCGCGAAGAGCAGCGGCCCCUGAAACAGUCCCUGGGAAGCUCCCUGUGCCGCGAGUCGCACUGGAAGUGCCUGCUCCUCACACUGCUCAUCCACGCCUGCGGUGCAGUGGUGGCCUGGUGUCGCCUGGCCACCGUACCACGGCUGGUACUGGGGCCCGAGGCAGCUCUGGCGCGUGGGGCUGGGGGCCCGCCGCCCACCUAUCCAGCCAGCCCCUGCUCCGAUGGCUACCUGUAUAUCCCACUGGCCUUUGUCUCCCUCCUCUACCUCCUCUACCUGGCUGAGUGCUGGCACUGUCACGUGCGAUCCUGCCAGGCGCCGCGCACUGACGCCAACACCGUGCUUGCUCUGAUCCAUCGGCUGCAGCAGGCGCCACCGUGUGUCUGGUGGAAGGCCACCAGCUACCACUAUGUGCGACGCACCCGCCAGGUCACCCGCUAUCGGAACGGUGACGCCUACACCACCACGCAGGUCUACCACGAGAGGGCUGACAGUCGCACGGCUCGGGGCGAGUUUGACUACUCAGCCCACGGUGUCCGCGAUGUCUCCAAGGAGCUCGUGGGCCUGGCUGAUCACGCAGCCACGCGGCUGCGCUUCACCAAGUGCUUCAGCUUCGGGAGUGCCGAGGCCGAGGCCUCAUACCUCACCCAGAGGGCCCGCUUCUUCAGCGCCAACGAGGGCCUGGACGACUACCUGGAGGCCCGCGAGGGGAUGCACCUGAAGGAUGUGGACUUCCGCGAGUCGCUCAUGGUCUUCGCUGACCCCCGCAGCCCGCCCUGGUACGCCCGGGCCUGGGUCUUCUGGCUGGUGUCAGCGGCCACGCUGUCCUGGCCCCUGCGCGUGGUGGCAGCCUACGGCACAGCCCACGUGCACUACCAGGUGGAGAAGCUGUUUGGCGCCAGCUCGCCCCCACCCGGGGCCGUGCCCAGCGGGCCUCCGCUCUCCCGUGUGGCCACGGUGGACUUCACUGAGCUUGAGUGGCACAUCUGCUCCAACCGGCAGCUGGUGCCCAGCUACUCAGAGGCUGUGGUCAUGGGCGCCAGCUCGGGCACCUACCUCCGUGGCUGCCAGCGCUGUCGCCGCUCCGUCAGCAGCAACUCGCUGCCCCCUCCCCGGCCCAGUGGACCCCGCCUGCCUUUCAGUCGCAGCCGACUCUCGCUGGGAGCUGGGGGCCGGGCCACACCGGGGGUCUUCCGAAGCCUGAGUGGGGGGCCCCUGGGGCGCCGUGGAGAGGACACGGAGCCCCUGGAAAGCCCGCCAUCCUAUGAGGAGGCCCUUUAUUUCCCGGUGCUCAUUGUCCACGGGGACAGCGGCUGCCAGGGCGACGGGCAAGGUGCCCUCUGAGACCCACGUGGCCCCCCAGAGUGGCCCCCUCCCCACCAUUCCACCAAGGGCUUCAAGGCCUGAGUAAAUGUUGGCCAAAACAAGGGGGAACACAGACCAGCACACAAGGGGAGGGUGUAAGGGUGGAGUCCUUAAAUAGACUAAAAUGCAGUGACUCGGGGUCAUUUUGGGGGUGAGUAGAUACCACUGAAGUUGAAUCUGUGAACCAUCCCGCGUGGCUCUCACCCACCUCCACCAUGUUCCACCCCCUGUGAUGGCAAAUGAUCUGGCUUGAGGGCCUCUCAGGCUGGGCAGGGGAGGAAGUUUCCAGAAAGCCUGAGAUGGGAGGAGUCCGGGGAUAUCUGUUGCCUGCCACAGAGGGCCUCCUGUGGGUCUUCCCUGCAUGGCUGAGGCCACAUUGGGGCCCUCGAGCAACCUGGAAGCACAAAUUGGUGGAUUGGGGCCAUGCCCAGCUGGGCUGGCCUCCAUGAAGCUGAAGAGCUGGCUAUGGCAGCACCAGGGCCUUGGGCCCACCACCCACCCAAAGUCCCCAUCCUCCUCCCCUGACAGGUCCCCCUACCUACCUUCUGGCCUCUGCUUGGGUCCAGUCCCUGAUCGGACCCUGCAGUGUGGCCCCUCUAGGUUCUUGGAGCACAGCCUUUCCCCACCCCACCCCUCACUGUUUCCUUGGUGUACCUCCCCUUCCCUCGCAUCCAGCUCCCCCUAUAACUAGGGGCUCCUUCUCAAGGCCCCACCUUGAUCCCAUGUCCCCUGGUCUCCACUCCUGCCCCCCAGAGUCCACAUCCGCCUCUGUCAGCCAUGCACACACACUCUGGGCUUCGGCCUCCUUGUUCCCUCAGACUUCUCUGCUCUUCACCUUCCUGGUGACUCACGGGGCCCAGGGCCACAGGGCAUCCGAGGGGCCUCAGCCUGACACAGCCUCUUGGACGAUGCCCUUGCUCUGCCAUGGAAGCCCCUUUCUCCCCCAUCAGUAGGGCCUGGCUCAGGGGACACCAUCCCUCCCCCAGGAGGAGAGAGUAGUCCCUUCCCUUCCAACUGGGGCUUCCACCCCCUCUCAGGGGCUGGCGGGGGAGGGAGGAGGCAGAGAAGAUGCAGAUCAAAUAAAAGGUAUAAAAUG